GCGGGACGGUGGGAGCUGUCGGGGCGGUGCGGAGCGGGGCGGUGCGCGGAGGGGCGCGCAGGGAGCGGCGGGGGCGGCGCGGCAGGCGCGGAAGAUGGCGGCGGGCAGGCGCGCCCCGCGCAGCGGGCUGCUGGAGCUGCGCGGCCCCGGCGGGCAAUGGCUCCGCGUCCUGCUCACCCUGGCCGAAGACGUGCUGGGGGUGAGCCCUGCUGAUAGCCCCGGUCCCGGGGAGGCCCCGGCGGCGCAGCUGAACGGCGGCGAACCGGGCUCCGCCGUGCCCGAGGCGCUCGCCAACAUCAGGCGCACCGUGCGGGUGGUGAAGCAGGACGUUGGGGGGCUCGGCAUCAGCAUCAAAGGUGGCAGGGAGAACAAAAUGCCCAUCUUGAUCUCCAAGAUAUUCAAGGGGCUGGCAGCGGAUCAGACCGAGGCGCUCUACGUGGGGGACGCCAUCCUCGCCGUCAACGGCACCGACCUCUCCGAGGCGACGCACGAUGAGGCCGUGCAGGCCUUGAAGAAGACAGGCAAGGAGGUGGUCUUGGAAGUGAAGUACAUGAAGGAGAUCUCUCCCUACUUCAAGAACUCCUCCACGGGGGCGACGGUCAGCUGGGACCCCUCGCCCACGGCCCUGCAGAAGCGGUCUUCUCCCUUGCUGCCCCCUCGGGAGCUGCGGGAGGGCAGGACCCUGCCCCUCAAGAUGUGCUACGUGUCCCGCAAGUGCCUCCCCGCCGACCCGGAGCACAGGUACCUGGAGGUGUGCUCGGCGGACGGGCGCGUCGCCCUCUUCCUGCGGGCGAAGGACGAGGCGACGGCGCAGUCGUGGCUCGGCGCCAUCCAGGCCAACGCGGGCGCGCUGCUGCCUCGGGUGAAGGAGGAGCUGCGAGCCCAGCUGCCAGGUGCCAGCGGGGUGGCUGGAAGGGACAUCAAGCAUGUGGGCUGGCUGACCGAGCAGGUACUCCACGUCCCCCCAGCACCCCGUGCCGCCGUGCUCGCUGGUGGUCCUGACCCCGUCCCCUUGCAGCUCCCUAAUGCUGGCACCAGGAACCUCUUGGCUGUCCUGACCGAGAAGGAGCUGCUGCUGUACAGCAGCUUGCCGCAGACCCGCGACGCCCUGGGCAAGCCCACGCACAACUACCCCCUCAUUGCCACCAGGCUGGUGCACUCGGGGCCGGCCAAGGGCUCCGCGCUGUACGAGGCGGAGCUGUCGUUCGCGCUGCGCAGCGGCAGCCGGCUGGGCGUGCAGAGCCACCUGUUCAGCCUGGAGAGCCCCCGCGACCUGGCGCUGUGGACGCGGCUGCUGGUGGACGGAACCCACGGAGCUGCUGAGCUGGUCCAGGAGGUCUCGACAGCUUGCACGUGGAAGGGGCAGGACUGCACUCUGUCCAUCCACAUCGACAAGGGCUUCACCAUCUCCACCACGGAGCCUGGGCUCAGCAAGACCAUCCUGCUCCAACAGCCUUUCGAGAAGCUCCAGAUGUCCUCUGAUGAUGGCACCAAGAUGCUCUACCUGGACUUUGGUGGCCCAGAGGGAGAGAUUCAAUUGGACCUUCACUCUUGCCCCAAAACCAUCGUCUUCAUCAUCCACUCCUUCCUCUCAGCCAAGGUGACCCGGCUGGGGCUGCUGGCAUGAAGGAGUGGAGCACCGGGCAGAGCAGCCCCAGCCCCACCGAUCUAUGCACCUCCCUCCAGGCCAUCCCAGCCGCAAGCCAGCCCAAGGAGCCCGGAGCUCAUGUGGGGUCACACCAUCCCCUACCAAGGAAAAGCACCAUCCAGUUGGGACAAAACCCCACUCCAGGGCAACAGUGGGGUGAAAUCCCUCUGGGAUGGUAGCACCAGGACUUCUCUGGUUCCUCCUUCUGCUCCUUUCUCCAACCCCGACGCUCGGCGGUGGCUGGAGAGGCCGGGAGGGAGCCCGUGCAGGGUGACAGUGUGGUCCUCACCCCAGUGCCUUUGUGAGAUGAUAUUUUCUGUACAAAUCACAGCUUUCUAUCAAGGGUUUAUAUUUAUAUCACCCAGUUCAACAUGCUGGGGCUUGGACCCCCGCCCAGGAGGGUGCCCAGGUCCUGCAGCGCAAGGAUGUGUUUGUGUGUUCCCUCCCCUCCGCCACCACCAGAUGGACAACCCCAAGGGCUGCAGGCUGAAGGCAGCUCCGUGGUGCUCGAGAGGUGCGAGCUGCAGAUAGAUCUGUUGGCCAAAUUUUGUUUCUCUUCCAGCCUCUGCCAAAUCAGAAACCACUUUUCUGGGUCAGAGUUUGCUUUGUUUGGCUGACUCCUGGGUCACUUUGUUCCUUGGUUUAGGGGGAGGGUUGUCAAAGUGGCUGCGGGGAAACAACUUUGAUGAAAGGAAAGAUUCUGCAUGAAAACAGCUAUU